AUGGCGUCAUCCCGAAGUCUCUUUUCCAAAGUGAAGCGUCAUCACAAGUCGAUUAACAAGAACUUGUGUGCCAACAUUGUGCGUCAUGAUUAUCUUGUUACUGGUAAGACCAAGGCCAUGAGAGCACAACCAAAGAUUGAGAGUUUUCUCAGUAAGAUGUUAGCCAGAGAUGAUGAGUUAGUGAAGCAAGGAAUCACGGACUUAGACAGCCGUCUUUCCAAGAACCAACAUUUGAACUACGUACACGAACCUCUUCGUAAGGAAAUAGGAAGUAAAGUGUUGACUGAAUUAAAAGACAGAUAUAAAGAUAGAAGUGCUGGAUUCACCAGAAUCAUUAGAUUAGAACCUCGGUUAAGUGAAGACAAAGCCGCCAUGUCCGUAAUUGAAUUGGUGGAUUCAGAGUUUGAAAUCAAAUACUGGUUUGUUGCCAAAGUAGUUGCUAGAUUACAAUUACAAGGUUUAGAAUUGGAUGCGUUAACUAAAAGACAUGUUGAAAAGUUAACCAAACUACGUCCCGACGGAAUAGAAAAGUUUCAGAAUGAUGUUGAAAUUGCAAAGAAACAGUUCUUUUCUUAUAAUGAAGAAACAGAAGAAGUGGAAGAUGAAUUAAAGAAGAAGGAAUUAGAAAACCUUCCAAAUAAUCUUUCUUAUAAUGGAGGUAUUUUAGGUGAAGCUCUUUUGGCUUCAAAGAAAUUCCCCACAAAGUCUAGACCUUCUAAGGAACCUUCAAAGAUUCCAUUAUCACCAUUUUUGGCCAACUCUAAUUAG